ACUGGAGGACCCAGGAGGACCGAAGAUUUUGUAAACAGACGAAUUAAAAAUGACCCAUGAAUGACGGAUCAGCUGUUUAGUGUCAAAGUGGAAUUUUCCAUCAUUUGUUGUUUGGCAAGUCGGAAGGAUAAGUCUUCAAGCUGUACUCUUCAUUUAAUAGCAUAACUGACCAACUUACCCAUUAGAAUCAUCUCGCCCUGCAAUGUCUAACGGAAUUAAAUUUCAAGAUAAGGAUUAUGGCAUGCACAAUAACUUGUUCACAGAGGAACACAUGCUGGCUGACGGUAAAUAUGGGCUGGAUGUCGGCGGGCCGGGAGUCGGCAUGCUCCGGUCAGCAGCUAAGUUUAUGAUGAAAGCUACAGAGAUGAGAUUGGAAAAAGAGAUAUCCGGCGAAGGGGAUUUAUUGCAAUACGGAAGUACGCUCGGAGAUCCCGCUUACAGAAUAAAUCUGGCGAAAUUCCUCUCGGAACAGUUUGAUGACAUUGUUGAUUCGAAAUCACUUAUGACUACCACAGGAGCUACAGCCGGUCUGUCUUUACUUGCUAGCACAUUUUUUAAUGUUGAGGACUACAUUUUUAUAGAGGAUCCCACCUACUUUCACGUUAACAAACUUGUUGCUGUAGACCUUGGACUCAAAGCUGUACCUAUUCCAAUCGUUGAGGAUGGUUUGGACUUGGAGAUGCUGGAAGAAGAACUUGAACGGCGGAAGCCUGUCGAUUUUCAACCAACUACCGAACGUCCAUUCUGGGCGUUGGUGUACGUCGUCUCCGUCUAUCAAAACCCUACAGGACUAUGCUAUUCAAAAGAGAAAUGCGAGAAGCUAGUCAAUCUCGCCCGAGAAUACAAUCUUUUGGUGGUUAGCGACGAUGUAUAUAAUUUGCUGUGCCUUGAAAAGGACGGCGAUGCAUUCAAGAGAGCGCCACCGAGGCUAUACCAGUACGACGUGAAAUCCGACAAUGAUUACUUCGGCAAUAUUGUAUCAAACGGCAGUUUCUCUAAAAUACUAGGUCCCGGACUUCGACUCGGUUGGAUUGAAGCGCCGAAAGUUGUACUCAGCAAGCUUAUGGUAGAUGGCGUUUUGCUUGGUGGAGGCUCUAUGAACCAUUUUACAUCUGGAAUCGUUGGAAGUUCAUUAAAUACUGAUCUGUUCAGCGCGUUUUUAUUGAUGGUCAGAACCACUUUAAAGAGGAAACUUAAUGCGGUCUUAGAUGUUCUUCAAAAACACUGUCCGAAGAGUGUGAAGUACAGUGUACCAAAGGGUGGAUACUUUAUAUGGAUAGAGUUACCAAGUUAUGUUGACGUUCAUGAACUGAGCGAGUUCUGCCAAAAAAUACACAAUGUCUCAAUACUCGAGGGGAAAAGGUGCUCUGUAGCGGGGAACUGUCAGAGUUUUCUACGUAUUUGUUUCGCGUACUACUCCGUUCAGGAAAAUUGCAUAGCUGUGAAAAAGUUACUUGGGGCGAUGGAAUCACGACUAAAGAGGGCAGCAAAUAUAAAUGGAGCCUUGCAAUAAUAAGUGAGAAUGCUAAUCAAGAGUUGAGAUUGUUGAUCUUCAAAAUAUUUUAAAAUACAGAAAUACGUCACGAUCCCUGCAGGUUUUCACAACUUGUACCAAUAGACAGUAGUGAAUUUAAGCGAAAUAUUGUAUUUGUGUACAUUUGUCCAAUGUAUUUAUCGUUUUUUCACCAUUAAUCUGCUGAACUAGUACCGGUAGGUCUCCGUUCAUACCAACGAUGACUGGUUCAGUUCUAUCCGCUGUUGUCCUUGUGUAUCAGGUGGAGGGUUAGAAUGCAAGUUUACAGUCCACAAGGAAAUAAAGCUGUUGGUCCCUUGUCAAAUAUGGUGCAUGUGCACGGUUAAAUAAGAUAAAAUACUCAAAGGGGGAAAACAGGGGGAGGUAUAGACAUGUACUACCCAAUUCAAACCCAAAAGGACCACACUAGAAAUAUUAUCUUUGGACUUUCGUGUUGUGUGUUUCACCGUGAAAAGUCCAUUUCAAUCUUACGUGAAUGUGUGCAAUAUUCUAUACGAUGUGUUUUCUUCUACACCGCUAAUAGGCAUUCACUAUUUGUAAAUAACAUUAUUUAGGCCUAUUUAAAUUUUUUAAAACACAUUAGAAGUUUUUUGAUGAUAAAUACAUGUUUGUUUCAAAUAAUCCUUUACACCUAUUUGUUUAUUAUCAUGUUUAUCAUGGACUUAAAAAAUAUCGGUAUGAAAUUUUAAUUUAAAACAUUCAAAUGUUUUGAACAUAGAUCGUUUAUUUAAAAAAAAACGAAUUACAGCACCAAUUAUGGUAUUGUUACUUUUCAUCCAAUUUUUUAAUGUAUAUAAUUGUGAUACAAUCCAAUAAUCUAGCUAUAUCCCACAACGAAAUAUGACAGCGUGACUGUAAUAGGCCUAUCAGGUCAAUAAUAGGCCUAACAUUAGUAAUAAAUUAUUCAGAAUAAUGCAUUUAAAUGGUUGCCCAUAAUGAUAUGUUUAAAUUACAUUUAGACAUUGUAUUGUUUAUUGAUUGAUGUUGAUGAGUUUUACUUGAAUCAGGGGUUCUCAACUGGUGGCCCGCGAGUGCAUGUUAUGCGGCCCGCGAGAUCUGUAGGCCUAUGAGCAUCUAGCGGCUUAUUUUUUUUUAAAUUCCUAAUUUGGGAAGGGGGAUACACCCUCUCCCAAACCCACCCUGGCUCGCACCUGCGGCGCUCGGAUGACACUACGCACCAAAACACACCUGGCCCUUCAAAUUUAUUCAAUGAAUAAUUUUAGCCCCUAUUGCGAUAUAGUUGAGAACCCUGUCUUAAAUUAUACUUUAUUUUUUAACCUAGUUUGUCAUUAAGAAGUCAACAUGUUCCUCGGGUGAAUUUUUUUUUAAUAAAGUUCCCAUUUAAAGAUUUGUAUAUUAGGGUUACCAGUAGGUAGUGAGAAUUAAUAUAUAAUUUAUACCAUUUAACAGUUUAUGUAUUAUGUAAAUAAACUUUAACUAAUUACGUAGCUUAAAAAAUCGCUCCACUAUGUGUGAGCCCCAAGUUGUACAAGUUGUAUGAAGGAAGAGAGACUGUGGUCUUAAAAUUCGAUAAUAUCGUACGGGCCUCUGUGGUCUAAACAGUAUAAGGUUCGUCGAGAUACCGUAGCGAGAGAAUCCCACCAGAGACCUCUUUCUUUCAUACAACUAAUAAGUCACUUACGUCGAUGAACUAUGUUUGAUAGGAUUCAUUACAUCAUGUUCCUAUUUAUUUGAGCACUGUUUUAUUAUCUACUUGAUUUAUACAUUAUUUGUGUUUGCAGUUCUAAGCAACAAAAAAUUCAUACAACUAAUAAGUCACUUACGUCGAUGAACUAUGUUUGAUAGGAUUUAUUACAUCAUGUUCCUAUUUAUUUGA